GCCGUUACCUCCCUUGAAUAUACUUGAACUGAUGACGACACAUCGCCAGUCGUCGAGCACAUGGUCGAAAUGGAAAGCAGAGAGUUAGAAGUUGUUGUUGGAACGUACGAGGAACUUAUUCUUGGCUAUCGUUUAUCACUCGAUCCUGAUAAUCAUGUGUUCAGCCAGAGCUUCACAAACCACUCCCACAGUGGGAGCAUCAAGGCACUGGCGAUGUCCACAAAAGGCAUCCUGGCUUCUGGGGGCACUGAUGAAACCAUCCGAGUGUUUAACUUGAGGAAAGGAACAGAGAUAGGGUCACUUGUACAUCAUUCAGGUUCCAUUACCUGGCUUGAUUUCUACAAUAACUCCCACCUGUUCAGCACAUCCGAGGACCACAAAGUGUGUCUGUGGAAGACAUUUUCCUGGGAGUGUCUCCGAACAUUCAAAGGUCACAAGGAUGCUGUCAACUGUAUCGCUGUCCAUCCCUCUGGCAAGCUGGCUCUGACAGUGGGGAAGGAUCGUGCGCUUCACACCUGGAAUCUCGUCCGAGGAAGGUCAGCUUAUAUCACAAAUAUCAAACAAGCGGCUGAUAUAGUGUUAUGGUCCCCUGAUGGAACAAGAUUUCUCAUUGUGUUCAGCAACAGAAUUGACAUUUAUAAGACAGAGACGUCCUCUGUGUAUCACAGUGUCAGCGUAGACAGGAGGGUCAACGCUGCAGUCUUCCUACGGUCGAACGUGAUAGCAUAUGGAGGAGAGGGUGGAGACAUCGUCAUCUACAACAUCAAGGAUGAGAAGGAAUUGCAACGCAUCAGCACCGACACCGUCAGAGUCCGUCACCUGACGAAAGUGAAAACCACUGACAAUGACUGCCCCCUGGUCCUGCUGUCGGCCUCCAGCUGUGGUCACAUCAAGGCCUUUAAGGUCACCUUCUCACAGGAUUCAGUUAGUGCUGAUCUGAUGGCCUCACAUGACACCAAGUUUCGGCUCACUUGCAUGGCUGCAACGCAGAUAAAGAUGAAGACAAAGGUGAAGAGGGAAGUGGGGGAUGUUGACAUUAAGGCAGAGGACGCAUGUGACCUUGAUGACAGUGUCGAAAUCAAAACCGAGAAGACCAGUGAUGAAGAGGAAGAAGGUGAAGAUAGCUCUGAACAAGACAGUGGCCAUGAAGAGGACACUAGUUCUGAUUCCUCCAAGGAAGAAAGGUCAGGGAAACAGUCAAGGUCAUAUCUAGAGUUCAAAAGGGCAAAAAAGUUGAAACGGAAAAUGGAAGCUGGAGAAGUUGGAGGUGGAGGCAAGGAAGAAGAAAAAGCCCAAGGUUAAAGAGACUAAAACUGACAGACGCAGCACAAAGAAUUUGAAAAAGAGCAAAAGAAAAAGCUGAAAGCCUGAGCCCAAUGAGUAUGGACAAUGUACUUUGUGAAUAUACCCACACUCACAGGAUUGGUAAACCCAAACAACCGGGAGACAUUGUAAGGAUGGAGGAACACAGUAGCCAGGCUUCUAUCUCGCAAGGCACAUGUAGUGUCAUUCAGCUCCUUAUCAAUGUGAUCAUUCCCUGAACUUUGCUCUUGAGUCUGUUUCUCAUGUAGUUGAGAACUCACUCUUGUCUUUCCUGGCUUGAGUGUUUUCAUUGGGAUUAUGUGAUGUAAAGGAUUAUUUGUGAAUUAAAGUGAUACCAUACCUUUA